AAAACACUUUUCGUCUUUCUUUAGUUACACUUUUGCUGCAUAAGGUUUUGCAAGUUCCUUAUUUUGCUCACCCACUUCUUCCCAGUUUCAUCUUUCAAUUUUCCCCAAACCCUAGAACCGAAAAAUCUAAGUUGAUGGGUCGUCAUUUUUCUUGAUUUUAUUAUCUGGGUCGUUGUUUAAAUUUCAUUUUUCAUAUCAGAAGCUUCAAAUAAGUUCAUUUGCAGCAGAAAAAGCAACAUUUUUUUUUUUACUUCAAUACUAGUAGUUCAUACACAUUGGUGCAAUUUGGAUUGUUGGCAUUUGAAGUUUAUGGUUUGAGUUGAAACGGGUCGGACUCGGUUCUCUAUGGCUCGACGUCAUGGGUGGCAACUACCGGCUCACUCGUUUCAGGUUGUGGCUAUAACAGUUUUCUGCCUGCUAUCUGUUGCCUUCUAUGCAUUUUUUGCUCCAUUUCUUGGAAAAGACAUCUUUGAGUACAUAGCAAUUGGUGUUUAUUCCUUCUUGGCUGUGUGUGUGUUCACACUCUAUGUUAGAUGCACAGCAAUUGAUCCUGCUGAUCCUGGGAUUCUCAUUGAAGCUGACAAGUCAACGGCCUAUCAAUCGCACAAUGACAUAGAGUUGCCUGGUGAUAUAUCUGCUGCAGGGGGUCCCAGCAAGGAAGGAUUCCUAGAUGGAGGAACACCUGCAAGUGAUGCUUCAGGUUGCUGUGGAAGACUUGGAGGGGUCCUCUGUUGUUGUUUUGUCCUUGAAGACUGUCGGAAGGAUGAUCAGUCACUGCAGCAGAGUGGAGAUGAAGAAGUUUUGUUCUGCACAUUGUGUAAUGCUGAGGUUCGAAAGUUCAGCAAACACUGUAGAAGUUGUGACAAAUGUGUUGAUGGAUUUGAUCAUCACUGCCGUUGGUUGAAUAAUUGCGUGGGAAGGAAAAACUAUAUCACAUUUGUGUGCCUGAUGGCUUUCAGCUUUGUCUGGCUUGUCUUUGAAUGUGGAGUGGGCAUUGCAGUCCUGGUUAGAUGCUUUGUCGAUAAGAAAGCUACAGAAAAUCAGAUAAUAGAGAGGCUCGGAGAAGGAUUCUCUAGACCUCCAUUUGCUAUUGUAGUGGCCUUAUGUACUGCUGUUUCACUCCUUGCAACUGUGCCUUUAGGUGAAUUGUUCUUCUUUCACAUUAUUCUUAUUCGUAAGGGUAUUACAACAUAUGAGUAUGUUGUUGCAAUGAGAUCUCAAAGUGAGCCGCCUGGACCCUCUGUAGAUGGUGAUGAGCAGAGUUUGCCAUCAUCACCAACCAGCUCUGCAGUGACAGCCAUCAGUGGAAGAAGUUCUGUUGGGAUGAGCUUGCAACAUAAAGGUGCUUGGUGUACUCCUCCAAGAAUCUUCAUGGAUCAUCAGGAUGAAAUUAUUCCUCAUCUUCAGCCUGGGCGAUUGCCAUCUACUGUUGAUCCUGAUGCACUAGACAAGGACAAAAAGGCAUCCCACCGUCCAGUCCGAAUUAGUGCAUGGAAGCUUGCGAAACUAGAUUCUAGUGAAGCAAUCAAAGCUGGUGCCAAGGCUAGAGCUUCAUCAUCUGUGCUACGCCCAGUUGGUGCCAAGCACAAUCCUUACGAUGCUGAUCAUUUGUCCAGUGGCAUGAGUGGUAGAAGCAGUCCGGCAAGUACUAAUCAAGGAUUUUAUGACAGUAAUGCUAGAGCUGGGACAUCAAGGUUGUCUCCUUCCAAGAGCUCAUAUCCGCCCAGUCGUGCCAGCAGAGAAGAUAUUGAAACAUGUGGCCACAGCAUGAGUAACUUAAGCAGUCCUCUUGCCCCUAACCUAACCUCAUCUCCAUUAGCACUGCAGCAUCAAACUUCAAAUAGAGACCACUUCAAUCCAAUAUAUCAGUCAUCUGCAGAUCAAUCUCCGUGGUCAGCAAAAGCGUGCCACGAGAACGAAUCUCCUGCCCCUGAUAACUUCUCCGACGUAUCUACAAGGAAGAACAAUAUGGGCACUCCAGAGAGUACAAGGUCAUCAGUUUUCUGGGAUCAAGAGGCCGGGCGAUUUGUUACUGCUAAUACUAACAGGGGUGCUGGUUCUACUUCACAAGUUUCUGGAACGGAGCUUACAUACACAGGUCAAUCUAUAUUUUUCGGAGGGCCUUUACUGAACGAAAACAUGAAUAGAGGGGCAAGAAUUAGCGGUACACAGUCUACUGGUCCACAGCGGAGUUACUAUCAGGGUAGAACACAAAGGGGUGGUCAGCUUCCGGUAUUUGUUCCUAGUGAUUCCCAGCAAAAUCAAUUUUCUUCACGAUGACCGCGAGACUAGUAUUGUAUUUGCUCCACUUGUUUUUAUCUUUGAGAUAUACAGUUAGUUGUCCAUUUUCCGUCUUCUCAAGUUUUUGCUUUUUCUGACUUAACUGAGUAGAUUCUACAUCUUUCUUUCUUUCACAACAUGUAUAAUCUGGAGAGUGUGGAAUCAAGAUAUCUUUCUUCUCACGGAGAGUGGCAUUGCAGACCUUACCCCUAGGUAGAUAGGAUGUUUGUGCUAGGCGAUAGGCUUAUUAGCUAUUAAGAUGAAAUUGCAAAUAGAGAAAUAUGUAUGAUCAGUGGCAGAUGGAGUAUAAUUAACAGCUUCAAUUGUGUAUA